GACACUCCUCCUCCGCUGUCAUGUAAUCAGUCAAGGUGACGCCGAUGCAGAGAACGAGAAAAAAGCAGCAUGGCCACAAGACGUCCAGCAAGAACAACAUGCCGGUCGCUUAUAUUCUGACACGAUGCACAUCGCCGACUUCGUGUCCGGCUCGUUGGCAGGAGCCUGCGGCGUGGCGGUGGGAUACCCUCUGGACACUGUCAAGGUGCGGAUCCAAACCCAAAAACAGUUCACUGGAAUAUGGCAAUGUGUGGUGGCCACCUUUUCCAAAGAAGGGGUGCACGGCUUCUUCAAAGGCAUGUUGCUACCCGUCACCACCAUCUCCAUGACGUCCUCCGUGGUGUUCGGCACCUACAGGAACUGUCUGCAGUGUCUGAAGCAGGCCAGAGGAGACGCUCACGGCCCCAACACCAAACUGGAAGUCUUCCUCUCCGGCCUGGCAGGCGGAAUAAUGCAGACCUCAGUGAUGUCUCCAGGCGACAUCGUCAAAGUGCGUCUUCAGUGUCAGACAGAGUCCAUGAGGCGAGGAGGCGGCUCGGCCAAACCCAAGUACCGUGGCCCAAUCCACUGCCUGCUGAGCAUCGUCAGAGAGGAGGGCGUCCGGGGGCUCUACAGGGGGGCUGCGGCUCUCAUGCUGAGGGAUGGGCCGUCCUUCGCCACCUACUUUUUGACGUACAGCAGCGUUUGUGAUUGGCUGACUAAGAGCGGCAACGAGAAGCCAGCCUGGAGCGUGGUGAUGCUGGCCGGAGGCGUGGCGGGAAUGGCGGGGUGGACCGUCGGUACGCCCAUGGACGUCAUCAAAGCCCGCCUGCAGAUGGAUGGCGCCCGGGAGAGGAAGCGCUACCGAGGUUUUUUCCACUGCAUUACGGAGACGGCGCGCACCGAGGGCCCCGCCGUCUUCUUCCGGAGCCUGGGCAUCAACUGCCUGCGCGCCUUCCCCGUCAACAUGGUGGUGUUUGUCAUGUACGAGCUGCUCACCGGCCUCCUGAGAGCCACGCCCGACAGCAUGGACACCCCUCGGGUCGGCCUGGAAUAACAGAUUCCCACAUUUUCAAUCAUAACAUGUUUAAAUAUUGUCGACAGGCAAUGUCGCAAGUAACAUAUGGUCAAGUACGUGCAAAAACAAUGGUCAUCAUGGUAGGUUUGCGCCUGUCCUUUUAUGAUGUGUAGCGAAGCCUAUGGAAGGAGGUUUUCUCCUUCAUGAAAAGCUGCAAGUUCAAACAACAAGCAAGGAAGACGAUAUAUUUAUAUCACGUGCCUCAUGUACUGUUAGUACAAGUUUACUUGUUUUUACACUUUUAUGACACGUAAUGUUAAAAUGUUACUUAAAACAGGACUAAUACAUACUAUUACAUGUUUUUGCUUCCAUUGUAGCAUCACGAGCUCAGGUACACAAAAGCACUUGUACUGUACACGAACCAGUAACCACAUGGGGCCGCUAGAGGGCGUCCGUCCACCAGCCAAUUGUUGCUGGAACAAGUUGAACAAGCUGACCGACGAACUAGGAACUAUGCAUGUUUCUUUCUUUCUUUUUUUAAACCAUUGCAUAAAAGCAUGUAGCCUUAUCAUUGUAGACGGAAUGUUGGAUGUAGCAGAGUAAAAAGUAUUUUUUGCAUGUAUAUGACACUAACGAAAUGUGCCUUUUAAUAAUAAUAAAGUGAUAAAUCUUUGAA